AUGGGUGUCUCUUUCCUCUCAACCUCAACUCUUCCUUCUCUCCAUCCACUACUUCGUUCUCAUUAUCCUAAAACAACUACAACCACACACCAACCUCGUUCGGUUUCCAUUUGUUGUUCUAAAAUCCAAACAGAUGUUACUGAUGAAGAACAACAGUUCCUUUGGAAACGAAGAGACAUUCUUAAAUGCUUCGGGGUCACUAUUGGUUUGGAAUCGAUAACAAACUCUGGAUUGCUUGUUGGAACGGCUAAUGCUGCUGACCUGAUUGAACGCAGACAGCGUUCGGAGUUUCAAUCUGAAAUUAAAGGAACUCUUUAUAAGGCCAUUAAGGGAAAUCCCGAUAUUGUUCCAUCCAUACUAACACUGGCGAUAAAUGAUGCUUUAACUUAUGAUAAGGCAACGAAAACAGGUGGCCCAAAUGGCUCUAUACGGUUCAGCUCAGAAAUAAGUAGACCUGAGAAUAAGGGGUUUUCUGCAGCCUUGAAUUUCAUAGAGGAAGCAAAAAAAGAAAUAGAUUCAUAUUCGAAAGGUGGACCGAUUUCCUAUGCAGAUCUAAUCCAGUAUGCAGCACAAAGUGCAACAAAGGCUACAUUUUUAGCUUCUGCGAUUCGCAAAUGCGGUGGAAAUGUGGAAAAAGGGAACUUGUUGUACACAGCAUAUGGAUCAAACGGACAGUGGGGUUUGUUCGACCGACAAUUUGGUAGGGCUGAUACUCAAGAGCCGGAUCCAGAGGGGAGAAUUCCAAUUUGGGAGAAAGCAAGUGUUCAGGAAAUGAAAGAUAAGUUUUCUGCUGUAGGCCUUGGUCCUCGCCAGCUUGCUGUUUUAUCUGCAUUCAUAGGUCCGGACCAGGAUGCAACAGAAGCCUUAUUAGCAUCUGAUCCAGACGUUGCUCCAUGGGUAACAAAAUACCAACGGAGCCGUGAAACUGUCUCGCGAACCGAUUAUGAGGUUGAUCUUAUAACAACUUUCACAAAAUUGAGUACCUUGGGCCAAAAUAUUAACUAUGAAGCAUACACGUAUCCUCGUAAGAAGAUCGACAUUACUAAACUCAAGUUGUAA